UUCGUUUGUUUUGCUUGCUGCGCCGGGAAAUUGUUGCCUCAACCUUGCGCGCCGCAAUCAGGCCGCCCGGAAGAAGAUGCAGGUUUCGUUCGUGAUCCGGGACGCCGAAGAGAACUGGAUCCGAUCAAUGGAUGGCUGUACUCGGCUGGACGCGAUGCCAUCAUCCGGGUGUGGAACUGCACCCAGAUCAGCUCCCAGGAACCGUACAUCCAGAGCAAGGAACACCUCCACGAUUGGGUCAACGAUAUAGUUUGUGCUGCGGUGGAAGAAAUUUAAUAAGUGCAAGUCGUGACACCACCGUGAAAGUAUGGUCAGUGGUGAAAGUGUGGAAUGCCCACAAAGGAUUUUGCAUGUCGACGCUACGAACUCACCGAGAUUACGUUCAGGCACUGGCCUACGCCACGGCAGCAGGUGGCUAGCUCCGGUCUGGACAAGGUCAUCUUCCUGCUGGAGGAAUCCGCACACCGGAGCAUUCAAGGAAUGCAAGAACCGAUGACAUUUUUUGUACCAGGUUACGCUGCUGGAACCCUCAAAGAUUUACUCCGUGCUAUGGAUUGUUUGGCUCGGAAAGUUCUACAGGACGUGCAUGCUGUGCGAAAUGAGGAGGAGGCAGCCGGAAAAAUGUACAUUUCGGGCAAGUUUGUGAUAAACGUGAUUUAA